AUGGAGACCCGAAGGGAAGACGAGGCGAGAAGCUGUGACACACGACUUGUUCAACUGAAUAGAGGCGGUGGCGGUGGUGGUGGUGGCCUAUCCUUUCUGGAAAAGCUUGCCAAGAGUACUACACUACUCUGUCCGGAUCAGUGGCAAGCCAACGAGACGCAACUGCAAGCCGCCUCACAACGUGUCGCUGUUUUGGAAUCGACCAUCGCCUCACAGCAACGUGAACUCACUGUGCUCAAACAUCAAACGGAAGCUGAACGAUCUAAAAACGCCUUAUUUGAGGAACAACUUCGUCAGUUAUCUGAAGAACGUACGCAUUUGGCCGUCCAGAAUACCAAAUUUGCUGCACAGCUGCAUACAAUCAAUCAGGUGAGCGCUUGA